AUGCGUCUCUUGAUUUUCUCGCUCGUGGCAGGCUCUCUCAAUUCUAUCAAGCUGGUACACGCCCUGGCACUCAUCACCCCAGCGCCCCCUUUACCCACGACGCCCCCUGCCCAGCGCAGAGACACCGGCCCGGGGACUUCCACUUGUGGCUUCCUCGAGGGCGAUCCAUCAAAGCCCUUCGUUGCGCCUCAAGGCUUUAAUUGCCGGCUCGACACAUUGAACGUCUACGUCGCUCACACGUUGCUCAACCGCAGUUCGGGGAGAGAUGGUAACGCAAGCGCCAAGUUCUGCUCGAUGGCAGUGUUAAUCGUUAACCCUGGCCUGUCCUUUGACUACAUCGAUUGUGCUCAAAGCCCGGGGGAAGCGACGUAUUUCCUUACAGCCACGGCCUUUCUAGAUGCGAGCGCGGUUAUACCUUCGCCAUCAUCAUCAUCACCACCACCAUCAUCAUCCUUAGCAUCAUCGUCCUCAGCAUCAUCACAGUCAUCAUCACAGCCAUCAUCAUUAUCGCCUUCUUCACCAUCACGAUCUGUCCCAUCCACGGUGCUGUCGACCACGAAUUCGUCACCUCUAUCUGAGACCCCUCCCCCUACUCCCGGUCUUAACAGCGGCAACGGAGGGGAUGGCGGAAGCAGCACCAACAAUACCGGGGCGAUUGUCGGAGGGGUAUUGGGUGGUCUAGCGCUCGUGCUCGGUUCUGCCGUUGCCCUGGUGUAUCUGCUCAAGCAUAGCCGUGGUCGACGCGCCGAACAUCAAGCGGAUGAGGGAAUGGACAGUUCAUCGGAAACUGGCGGGAAACAUGCAAGCGGGGGAUGGGGGCCAAGCGAGUUGGGGGACAGUCGGUCAAUACCAAGGGAAUUGGACAGCCGAUUAGUACCAGGGGAGCUACCAGCAGGCCACACAGUGGCACGGCCAGCUGUUCCCCCGGUAGAAUUACCUGCGACCCCCGUGUUGCACGAGAUAUAA